UUUUGACAGUUGUUCAGUCACUUUGACGUCUCACCGGUUAUAACUCGUUGCCGUCGCUCAGUCUUUGACUAUGUGACUUCUGAGAACAUGACAGCUCGGUAGAAGGUCUUCCAGGUGUUAUGAACAACUAUGAGGUCAUCGGUCAGAUUGGAGAGGGUGCGUUUGGGAAAGCCUUCCUGGUUCAGGACAGAGGGGGGGGUGGAGACAGACGGUGUGUGGUCAAAGAGAUCAACCUCAGAAAGAUGUCGGCGAGGGAAAAGGAAGCGUCCAAAAAAGAAGUGACGCUGCUGUCGAAGAUGAGACACCCGAACAUCGUCUCCUUCAUCAGAUCUUUUCAUGAGAGGAGCAGCCUGUAUAUAGUGAUGGAGUACUGUGACGGAGGAGAUCUGAUGAAGAAGAUCAGCAUGCAGAGAGGAGUCUUCUUCACCGAGGAACAGGUCGUGGACUGGUUUGUUCAGAUCUGCCUCGGCCUCAAACAUAUCCACGACAGGAAGAUCCUCCACAGAGACAUCAAAGCUCAGAAUAUCUUCCUAACCAACGGAGGGAUGAAAGCGAAGCUGGGGGACUUUGGAAUCGCAAGAAUGUUAAAUAACACCAUGGAGCUGGCCAGGACGUGUGUCGGGACGCCGUACUACCUCUCCCCAGAGAUCUGCGAGAGUCGGCCCUACAACAACAAGACGGAUAUCUGGUCUCUGGGCUGUGUCCUGUAUGAAAUCUGCACUCUGAGGCAUCCAUUUGAGGGCAGCAGUCUCCGUCAGCUGGUCAGUAAAAUCUGCAGGGGCCGCUACAGCCCAGCGCCCCGCCGCUACUCCCCCGACCUCCACCUGCUAAUCACACAGCUCUUUAAGGUUAACCCCCGAGACCGUCCCUCGGUCAGCUCCGUCCUCAGGCGUCCCUUCCUGGAGAAGCACAUCAGCAAACACCUGGACCCACAGAUGAUGCAGGAGGAGUUCAGCCACACGGUGCUGCAUCAAAACAGAGCUGCAGCAGCGUCGUCUCAGGCGGCUAAAACGAGAGCAGGAGCAGCAGAGAAGAGACUGAAGUCCAGGGCAGCAGAGAGACCGGGGGCCGCCGUGAAGAGACUACCUGCAAAACCUGACUGGAGAGUCCCACUCAGAGUCUACACCCCGGCCCACUACAGACCUCUUCAUCAACGAGCCGCAGAGAGAGAAGCCGCAGCGCAGCAGAAAGGAAGGUUUAAUGGACAGCAGCCCGUCGGCCAUUAUCGGCACCUCUACGCCCAGCUGGACGCCUUUCAGAGGAGGAACACGGAGGACAUCCUCCCUCCUCCUCCUCCUCCUCUUCCUCUUCCUCCUCCUACUCCUCCUCUUCAGGAGAGAGAGAGGGAGCGAUGUGAAGAGCACACGGUGGAACCGUACCAGCUUGUUGCUGCAGCGCGUGAUGAAUACCUGCAGAGGAGACACGAGGCCAACCAGUACAAGCUGAGAGCAGAGAAACAGCUGGGUCUGCGUCCGUGUACGGCUGAGCGCAACAGGAAGCCCAGCGGUCAGGAGCAGGAAGUGGGACAACCUGAACACCAACAUGCACCUCAGGACAGGAGACAGGAGGGACAGCAGGAAUACCUGCGUCAGCUGGACGUUAUCCGACAGCAGUACCACCAGGAGAUGAGACAGAUGAGGCUGAGAGCUGAGGUCCAGCCUCCGCCACAACACAAACAAGGAACCUUUGUGGUGGAGAAACCCAGAGACCCAGAGAGACCUUCUGCAGACAGCGAAGAGCAGCAGAGAGCUCCUCCUGCACAGGACAUGGAAGCAGCUCUGAGGAAGAUCAGAGAGGAGAACAGAGAGCAGAGGAGAGCACUGGAGAGGAAACACAAAGACAAGAAAGGAAUUAUGUUUGAGAUCCGGUUGGAUGAGGAAGGGAUGAAAGGGGACGAAGAGAGGGAGAAAGAGGAAGAGGAGGGAAGAGAGGAAGAGGAGAAGAAAAAGGGCGAUGGAAGACAAACAGAGGAAGAGGAAGUGGACCCUCUGAACCAAGCUCUGAGCUUCCAGGAGGGGGAGGAGUUGAAGCUCAGGGAUUGGUCGGAGAUGAGGAGGGGGUGGAGCCAGAGGACUCCUCAGACUCUGCUGGACGCGCUCGCAGACAUGGACGUCAACUCCGUCUACGACACCGCCGAGGUCGGGGCUGAACAAGGUGGGGAGGCGGCAGGUCGCAGGCAGUGGACCGACGACCCCCCCAGCACCCUGCUGAACGCUCUCGCUCAGGCUGAACUCACAUCCUCCACUCUGGACUCAGAGACCGCAGAGGCAGAGAAGGCCAGAGCAGAAGAGGAAGAGGAGGAGGAAGAGGAGGAGGAAGAGGAGGAGGAAGAGGAGGACUCUGAUGUGGAGAUGGAUGAAGAGCGUCUGGAGCCGAGAUCAGACGAUGACGACACGAACUUUGAGGAGUCGGAGGACGAGCUGAGAGAAGCGGUGGCCGACUCCAUGAACAACCUGUUUGUGAUGGAGGACGAGAGCUCUGACGAGGCGGAGCGCCCGGAGGACAGGGCGGCGGUGGCGGCCGGUGGGACGGAGGAGAACGGGGGCGGAGGCGCGGCGAGCGCAGCAGACUCUCGACAGAUCCAACAACAGCAGGCCGAGGAUUCACAGGCUUCCUCUGAGCCUGAAGAACGAGCCGCUCAGACGACCACACGACUAAAGUAAAGGCCAACUGAUGGUCGUUUCCAUCCACUCCUGUUGUUAGGCUCAGUGUUGUAGUCGAGUCCGAGUCAAGUCUCGAGUCCCCAACGUUCGAGUCCAAGUCGGAAAUCUCAAAGAAUAGUCCGACUCGAGUCACAAGUCCAGGACUCCAUCACUGCCCCCUGCACGUUAAGCCGCCUGCACCUGAUAAGCAAUUUGCUCUCUGCGCACGCAACAUAGAU